CGGAGCCCCAGCGUAGUGGCAGAGCCGGAGCCUGGCGGCAGAGCCAGGCUGGGCUGGCACCCACGACCCCCCUUCCCUGCUAUGAUGGCCCGUCAGUAGCAGGUUCCAGAACCCCCAAGGGCAUGUAGGCAGAGCUAGCGGUAACCAGGUGCGCAGAGCCACAGGAGCUCUAGGGCACCCUGGGGCAGCUCUAGCUCUGCCUGCUGCGCUCUCUGGUGAAAUGCCCAACUGACGGGCGAGCUGGUGAGGACAAGAACAUUCCCUUUUGGCCCGAGUCUGCUGCAUCCAUGGCGCUGCCGGCCAGUCUGGUGCCCUUGUGCUGCUUGGUACUCUUGGCGCUGCCUGCCCAGAGCUGCGGCCCGGGCCGGGGUCCGGUUGGCCGGCGCCGCUACGUGCGUAAGCAGCUUGUGCCGCUGCUCUACAAGCAAUUUGUGCCCAGCGUGCCGGAACGUACCCUGGGCGCCAGUGGGCCGGCGGAAGGGAGGGUGGCAAGGGGCUCAGAGCGCUUCAGGGAUUUGGUGCCCAACUACAACCCCGACAUCAUCUUUAAGGAUGAGGAGAACAGUGGCGCAGACCGCCUGAUGACUGAGCGUUGUAAGGAGCGGGUGAACGCACUGGCCAUUGCUGUGAUGAACAUGUGGCCUGGAGUGCGCCUACGGGUGACCGAGGGCUGGGACGAGGACGGCCACCAUGCUCAGGACUCACUCCACUACGAAGGCCGUGCCUUGGACAUCACGACGUCCGACCGCGACCGCAAUAAGUAUGGGUUGCUGGCACGCCUGGCAGUGGAAGCCGGCUUCGACUGGGUCUACUACGAGUCCCGCAACCACGUCCACGUGUCGGUCAAAGCCGAUAACUCACUGGCGGUCAGGGCGGGCGGCUGCUUUCCGGGAAAUGCCACUGUGCGUCUAUGGAGCGGCGAGCGGAAAGGGCUUCGGGAACUGCAUCGAGGGGACUGGGUGCUGGCGGCAGACGCUGCAGGCCGGGUGGUGCCCACGCCCGUGCUGCUCUUCCUGGACCGGGACUUGCAGCGGCGGGCUUCUUUCGUGGCUGUGGAGACCGAGCGGCCCCCGCGCAAGCUGUUGCUCACGCCCUGGCACCUGGUGUUCGCUGCUCGAGGGCCAGCGCCGGCGCCUGGAGACUUUGCACCGGUGUUCGCGCGCCGGCUGCGCGCGGGGGACUCGGUGCUGGCGCCCGGCGGGGACGCGCUGAGGCCGGCGCGCGUGGCCCGCGUAGCGCGGGAGGAAGCCGUGGGCGUGUUCGCGCCGCUCACGGCGCACGGGACACUGCUGGUCAAUGACGUCCUGGCCUCAUGCUACGCGGUUUUGGAGAGUCACCAGUGGGCGCACCGCGCCUUUGCUCCAUUGCGCCUACUGCACGCGCUGGGCGCGCUGCUUCCGGGCGGGGCGGUCCAACCGACCGGCAUGCAUUGGUACUCCCGGUUCCUCUAUCGCUUGGCGGAGGAGCUGCUGGGCUGAGCGCUCUAGGCGUAGACACCUCCAGGCGCCCGCCGAAACGGGGGUGUGGAGGCUGAGAUCUGCGGCUGUGGGCAGCAGAUGUUGCUGAUUGGGAGGGAGGGACGCGGAGAAAAAUGAAGGCGGGACUGCCAGGUUUAGGGGCAACCUCCAACUGAGAGGAGGUGGUCCCGGGUCCUAGGUAGGUGGGGUUGAUAUUGGGUAUUCCUUGAUGAGGACUAUUUCACCUCUUCUUCCCCAGUGCCUCAGCCCCACCCGAUAAUCUUAUUUUAUUUUCUAUUUAUAAAUCGUAAUAUAAUGAUUUGCUUGCCCAGCUUGGCAAGAUGAGGGGCUGGGACACUGUCUGACACAGCCAGCCAAUCUGAUGCCUGACAUUUACCUGCAGGUGGGUUAAUAAAGGGAAGGCUUCUGGGAGCUUAUUGGAAAA